AUGUUGAUCCAGUAUGAUGGUGACGGAGUGGUAGCAGCGUAUGGUUCGAUGCCGGAUGUCGAUUGUGAGCAUUGCGUGAAUGCCUGCUCCCAUUUGACCGGAACCUUGUCUGCCGAAAUGACCAAUUCGCGAUCGUGUCCAUUACAUUUGCGAGUGCUUUUGCUAAAUUUGGAUUUGCCUGCUAUGUCCGAUCGGACUCCUUGUGCAUUUAAUCCAGUUACUGUCGGUCAGAGACUAUUGGCACGAUCUGUUAAUCCACAGGUCGCCACUACUAUAUCUUCCAGCUCGGAUUGUAUUCCCCCGUGUCUUCAGAUCUAUAGCUCCGUGUCACAGUUGUGUGGAUCUGAGAGAGAACAGGGAAUUUCCAGCUGCGGUUGUUUUGCAUCCACUCCAUGGCCUAUCGGUGGUGUGCAAAUCAGCGUUUGUGCCACCAGUGGUGCACUUCGUCUCGCAUGGGCCAGUCCAGAUGCACAAAUCAAGGUGAUAUCCUGCAUGUUUGAUACAGCAAGGUCCACUCCACCGUACAGAACUCAUCACAGAACCUAUCCGCAGGGCACAUCCAAUCGUCCGCAGAGACAAGUGACUCCAUUUGCUUUCAAGACUCCGCUACUAACACAGAACUACUGCUCACGUUGCUAUUGUUGGCCAGCGCGCGAUAUCCAACCAUGUCAUUUGUAUCACUCUUCAUCUUCAGACGUUGAUCAUCUGGAUCCAUUUGUGUGCUUAUUUCGUCAGAAACACCCCAUUACCGUCGUCGCGAAUGCAGAUCACUGGCCGGAUAAUCACAAACAAUCAGAAGUAAGCAGUACCCGUUGGAUCUAUGGUAAAUGUCUACUAUCCAAUGAGCGUUGA